AUGGGAAAUAAGAAAAAAUUCCUACAAAAACUUUUUCAUAUUCUUUAAGUAUUACUAUAAUGAAGUUAGUCAAAUUAACAUGAAGAUUGUAUCUAAUGGAGCUAAGAUGGGAAUUCAAUUUUAAUUAUUUCUGCUGAAUUAUUUCAGGAAAAGGUAAUGCCCUUCAAUUUUAAUUCAACAAAAAUUUCAGCGUUUUAUCGGUAAUUGAGUCAGUAUGGAUUUAAAGUGAAAUAAAAUGAGAAAAAACAAAAAUAGUUUCACCAUUCUAAUUUUUAAAAAGGAAAUAUGUAAUACUAUAAUAUUUUAACUAUUAGAGAAAAAUUAUUAACUUUAGAGAAGAGAGAAAAAUUAUAAAGCCAUAUAGAUUACAGAAGUAGUUUAAGUGAAGAGAAUAAAAAAUUAAAUAAUGAGUUAAAACUCCUACAAAAAUAGUAAUUGGUGAUUUAAGCUUAAUUGAAUAUCCAUACGAAGAUAUAUUUACAGAUUUGUAAAUAGAUUAAAGGCAUAUAUAAUGUAAUUAAAUUAUAAAUUUUAGUUUUAUUUUAAGUGUGAUGAGGACUCAAAGGAUUGUAAUAUUUUUUUUGACACACUUAUAUCGGUAUCUAAAGGAUUCAACCCUGAGAUUGCUUCAAAUAUUUUUGAAGAACUUAAAAAUAUAGGAGGCCCAAUAAGUCCUUAGUUUUCCCCUCUUCUUUUUCCAUACCUAAAAAUUAAUUGA